CAUGUCAUUUUAAAAUAUACGGCUCGUACGUAGAUAACAAAUAAUAGUUGUCGACUACUGUGUGCUUUGGUGCUGGUGCUCGCGGUUGAUUAUAACGAAAACGAAAGUGUAAAAUAUAAAAUAUAUUAAACAAUAAAAAAAAACAUCUAAAUAAUAAAGUGUCAAAAUGAAGGCGUUCGUAGUAGCCGGUAUUUGCUUGCUAAGCAUUGUUAGUUUAAGUUCUGCACAAUUCUCAAAUGGACGUGUUUUGGAUCCACCAAAUCCACAAUUAUGUGCACAAAGGAUUAUUCACGAAAAGACACCCGAUGGCAAAGGCUACUUCUUCUCGUGGCGUGACCCACAGUUGAAGGGUGUCGAAGAAGACUGGUUGACAGGCAGAAAUUUCUGUCGCAGACGUUGCAUGGACUUAGUAUCGUUGGAAACAAGCUUGGAAAAUGAAUGGAUCAAACAGCGCGUGGUAAAUGAAAAUGUGAAAUACAUCUGGACUAGUGGUCGUCUGUGUGACUUCAAGGGUUGUGAACGUGCCGAUUUGCAGCCCACGAACGUCAAUGGUUGGUUCUGGACAGCUACUCUGCAAAAAUUAGCGCCAACCUCUGAGCGUUCGCAGGGUGAUUGGUCACCAACUGGUGGUAUCGGUCUGCCCCAGCCUGAUAACCGUGAAUACAAACAGAACGGUGCGCCUGAAAAUUGCUUAGCUUUGUUGAACCAAUUCUACAAUGAUGGUGUCAACUGGCACGAUGUUGCCUGUCAUCACAAGAAACCGUUUGUAUGUGAAGAGAACGAUGCCCUAUUGAAGUAUGUGCGUUACACAAAUCCCAACUUGCGCAUUUAAAAGUGAUUAAAAACAAAUCGUUGCAUAUAAAUUUAAAUAAUAAGAGAUGGCAGCUGUACUACUAGCAAUUGCUGACGUGAAACCAAAAAAAAAUUCUAUCAAAUAAUCUUUUAAUCUAUUAGGGCAGAUACUCGUAGGAGUAAUGCAAACUUUCACUCUAUCUUGUUUGCACAUGCUUAACUGUGCUGUGUUCUCUUUUAUAUUCACUUCAUAGCAUGAAGGUUCAAAUGUAUGUAUGUGCAUAUCCCAAAUCACAAAUAUUUAUGUACUUAUGAAACAGUGAUCUUUUAAAGCUUUUGAACUUUCGAAAUAUUCCGACACUUUAUUACAAUUAUAUCUCUCAUUGUUUAGCUAAAUAAUAUUUUUGUAUUAAUUUAUGAUUAUAAUAAAUAUAUA